GUGGAAGUCCUCUUCAUUCUUCUUUACUAAUUAAACGGUUUGUUUCAAGCGUGAUUGUUAUCAUCAUUGCUCAAAACAAUUACCUACCUUUGUGCGCCGGAAUCGUUCAAGAAAGACGUUAACCUUCCCCAAUUGAUUUCCGUGAAAUCAUUCUCUGCACAAUGGCAACCGAGCUGCGCGACCUGGACGUGAUCAUUUUCGGAGCCAGUGGGUUCACCGGCAAGUACACGAUCUACGAAGGCAUCAAGCUGCUAGAUGGGCUCAAGUGGGCAAUUGCCGGUCGCAAUCGGGACAAGCUGAACAAGAUCCUGAAGGAGGUGGAGGCAAAAUCCGGCAAAGAUCUGUCCGACACGGAGCUGGUCAUCGCGGACGUCAAGGAUGCGGACUCGCUGCGCAAGAUGGCCGCGCGCUGCCGCAUUGUGAUCAACUGCUGCGGGCCGUACCGGUUCUACGGUGAACCCGUGGUCAAGGCUUGCAUCGAAGCCGGAACGCACCACGUGGACGUUAGCGGUGAGCCGCAGUACAUGGAGCGGAUGCAGCUGGAGUACCACGAGCAGGCCAAGGAAAAGGGCGUUUACGUCGUUUCGGCGUGUGGCUUUGACAGCAUUCCGGCGGAUUUGGGGACCGUUUUUCUGGAGCAGCAGUUUGACGGAACCGUAAACUCGGUCGAGACAUUUUUGGAAGCGACGCCCAAAUCCCCGGAUGCUGCCACCGGCGGAGCUGUCAUCCAUUACGGAACGUGGGAAUCGGCCAUUUACGGAUUGGCUCACGCCAAUGAAUUGCGUGGGCUGAGAAGCAAGCUGUUCGGUUCUCGGUUGCCCAACUUCCAACCACGACUCAAGGAUCGUCCGUUGCUGCACCGGACCAAGUUCGCGGACAACCGAUGGUGCUUGCCGUUCCCUGGCUCGGAUAGAUCGGUGGUCAUGCGGUCCCAACGUCACUUUUACGACAACGAAAAGAAGCGACCGGUCCAGAUGAAGGCGUAUGUCACGUUUAGCUCUCUGAUCCACGUCAUCGGGGUAAUUAUUGUCAGUGCCAUUUUCGCCCUAAUGACCCGCUACAAGAUCGGCCGGCAACUUCUGCUCAAGUACCCCGGCUUCUUCUCGGCCGGAUUCGUGUCGCACGAGGGCCCGACCGAGGCAUCGAUGGAAAACACCGACUUUGCCAUGUACCUGAAGGGCGUCGGCUGGACCCGGGACGAGGAGCUUCUGGAGGCGUCGGACCAGUUCAAGGCCCCGCCCAAGAAGAAGCUGCUCGUCAAGGUGUCCGGCACGAACCCGGGCUACGGGGCGACCUGCGUGGCCCUGCUGCUGUCCGCGACGACCAUCCUGCGGCAGGCGGACAAGAUGCCGGCGACGGGUGGCGUUUAUCCACCGGGAGCGGCCUACGCCAAGACGAACAUGGUCGAGGAGCUGUGCAAGAAUGGAUUCAAGUUUGAGGUGCUGAAGGAGUGAAUUGACUGAUUUUAUACGCAUGCAUCGUUAGAAGUUUCUAAAUUUUUAGAAUAAGUCUUUUUUCCUUAGAGACAGCGGAUGCGCAUUGUUUAAAAUUUGUUUCGAUUUGGAAUUUGAUUAGAGAUGGUGUUGCAUGCAAGCUUGUAAUGAUGAAGUUUGAAUUAUUUUUAAGGAGCUCGCAGCGCGAUACAAUGCGCACCCGUUUGCUGUACAAUUUUACUAGAUUUUGAAUCCCAGUGAAUAACUUAUUAACCUCUACGCAAAACACUUGAAAACAAAAUAGUUUGUAAGCAAUUUCAACGAAACAAUAAAAAUUGCAUGAUUUUUCCUA